GGACGCGAGUCGACGUGGGAGUGGGCACCUUCCGUGCCCAGGCCGCCGCCCCGGGACUGCCAGCUAGCCUCUCCCGGAGGGGGCCGUGCCCAGCGGGAAUCAUCGCCUAUGCUCAGGAAAAGGAGGAGAAGAAGGAAGAAGAAGAAGAAGCACAUCGCCAUGUCCUUCUCCCAGUUCGGAUACCCCUACGGCAGCGCAUCCCAGUUCCUGGUGCCCACCGCCCCCAGCUCCGCCUGCUGCGAGUCCUCGUCCGGCCCGGCGGCCUCAGCCUCCUCGGGCUCGGCUCCGGCCUCUGCCCUGUGCUGUGCGUCCUACGAGAGCCGGCUGCUGGGCAGCGGGAGGCCCCAGCUGGGUGCCACCCUGGCCGUGUACGGGCCCCCCUUCGCCACCGCCGCCUCGCCAGGCUACGGGGGCUACUUGCCCUACAGCGCCCAGCCGCCCGCGCUCUGCAGCGCGCUGAGUCCCGCAUACGAGGUCAAAGAGGCCGCUGGCAACUUGCCCCCGGGGUUCGCCCAGCCCCCCGCCUACUACCCCUACGACCCUCCCCUGGGCCAGGGUCAGUACGACAGGUACGGCUCGGUGGACUUCAGCGGCUCGGCCCGGAGGAAGAACGCCACCCGGGAGACCACGGCCACGCUGAAGGCCUGGCUGCAGGAGCACCGCAAGAACCCCUACCCCACCAAGGGCGAGAAGAUCAUGCUGGCCAUCAUCACCAAGAUGACCCUCACCCAGGUGUCUACCUGGUUCGCCAACGCCCGGCGGCGGCUGAAGAAGGAGAACAAGAUGACUUGGGCGCCCAAGAGCAAGGCCGGGGAUGAAACGAAGGAGGAGCAGGGAGGGGGCGGCCUGGAGGGGAACCGCCGGGAACCCGAUGGCCAAGAUCCAAAGGCCUGCAAGGGGGCCAAGGACCUGCGGCUGAACUACCUGGAAGACCUACAGGAGGAUGAAGAGGUGGAGGAGGAGGAG